AUGGCUGAGAUUCGUCGCAAGCUCGUCAUCGUUGGCGAUGGUGCUUGCGGUAAGACCUGUCUGCUGAUUGUCUUCUCCAAGGGUACUUUCCCUGAGGUCUAUGUUCCCACUGUUUUCGAGAACUACGUCGCCGAUGUCGAGGUUGAUGGCAAGCACGUUGAACUCGCUCUCUGGGAUACGGCCGGUCAAGAAGAUUAUGACCGUCUCCGUCCCUUGUCAUACCCCGACUCGCAUGUCAUCCUGAUCUGCUUCGCUGUCGACUCGCCCGAUUCCCUCGAUAACGUUCAGGAGAAGUGGAUUUCCGAGGUCCUCCACUUCUGCCAAGGUCUCCCCAUCAUCCUGGUCGGCUGCAAAAAGGAUUUGCGCCAUGACCCGAAGACCAUUGAGGAGCUCCACAAGACUUCUCAGAGCCCCGUCACCGCCGAACAGGGUGAGGAGGUCCGCAAGAAGAUCGGUGCUUACAAGUACCUUGAAUGCUCCGCCCGUACCAACGAGGGUGUUCGUGAGGUCUUUGAGGCCGCUACCCGUGCCGCUCUACUCAAGGUCGGUAAGACCAAGACCAAGAAGAGCAAAGGUUGCUCGAUUCUGUAA